CCCCAACUCUCUCGAUCAUUCUUUGAUGUCGCAUCAAAUGGUUACUUCCUCAACGAUGACACCGGCACCCGCAUCAUUUACAGGAAGCGAAUUGUUGUCUUUUCUUUACCUUAUGACCGAGUAAUUCCAGAAGCUGCUCAGGUGCUGUAACUGGGGCAGAAGGUAGGCAUGGGGAAUAAAAGGAGGAGGAAGGAUGCCAGCUGAGCCCCCGAUUCCCUUGCAUCUGCCACAGCUGCCAGCGUCCGACUAAAGGAAAAAGAUGGCUCAGUCUGUGAGGAGACCUGAGCUUUCAGGAUCCAUGGAGCCCAAGAGAGACAAGACCAGGACCAGCUACUUCGGCAACGUCAAGUCCAGGUUGGGAUCCAAGCUGCCCGCCGGCGUCUCUCAGCCUCCGCAGUUUGCGAAGCCUCCUUGGGAGACGCAGCCGCAGGCCCGAGCCGUGCAGGAGGCCGCCGCCGGCUGCCAGCGCCAGCCCGCCGUCGGCCGGCCUCUCAACCACAUCCCCCACAUUAGAAACCCCAAGCUGCGGCAGUACUACUUGCAAGGGACUUCCUGGGAUCUGAAUAGUGCUGUGACAAAGCAGCAUGUGUGUGAGCCAUCACAUGACAGCGCAAGUGGCAAGGGUCUCCCGGGGGACACGGUGUUCAGCGUCUCAUCUAAGUUCAGCGGUACCGCCGCGUCCUCGGGAGGAGACGGGAAAAUGGGUCCCUCCCAAGCGUCCGCACAACUGUCCUCACCUGCCACCCUCGUCCCCAGAGAGCAGCUGGUCGUUCCGAAGGGGAAAAACACCGGUCAAUGGUCGUCUCACCCAGAGCUGGCUAAGGACAAGCCGGAGGCCGAGGCAGAUCUGGAUACACUCGCCGCUCAGCCGCCGUGUCCCUCACCAGAGGCAGAAUAUGACAAACUACUGGAUGUGGAGGCGGUGCCGAUGCCCGACGGGCAGCUGUGCUUACUGGCUUUGCCCCCGGAGUGCUGUCAGGGCGAGGGACCGGAGGCCAUGCCGUACCUCAAACUGUUCUGCCGCUAUAUCACCGACCGCAAGGGUGUGGUUUCAGGUAUCCUAUUGGUGACUUGCAAUAAAAUCUUCUUUGACCCGUGUAAGACGCAUCCCCUGGUAACGGAACACGGCUGGGAGGAAUACCUUCUGUCUUGCUCUGUUGACAACCUGGCAUCUGUCUCCUUCUUCUCGGACAUCUCGCACGUUCACUUCAACACCUCCCAGCAGAGGAGAAAAGGAAAGAAACUUUUCCAGAAAUUGAAAACCGCCACAGGCCGAGCAGGCAGCCUCCCAAACCACAAGGGGGAGUCGGCCCCAGCUCUGGUGCCUGUUUCUCCAGCAGACUUAUCCAGUCUGGCUCUGAGCCUGACCAAGGCGGCUUCUGAAGACGAGGAGGCGGCGGAGAGCAGAGACAUGGCGGAGGUUGAGCGGGAGCUGGACGGCGGCCCUCUGGAGGUGCUGUCGGAUGCGUCCGUAGGCGGCCUGGGGGCGGCCGUCCUGAGCAGUGCUGCCACCUUUUGCUGCGUAGGUCAGGAGGCGGCGAGUCAGGUGAACACGGAGCUGCUGCACACCGAUGGAGCGGAGAGGUCCUCUGCGAAGAGUCAGACUGCAGCUCCUCAGAGGUUGUCAGCGGGCACUCUUGGGGGUUUGAUGUUUGUGCGGCUGCGGGCUCAGCCGUCUGCAGGAAAGAAAAAGGGAGUUGGAGGUCUUCAGCUGGGGUCAGCCAAAACCUCGCCCAGAAGGGAUGCCUGGCUCGCCCUGUCACAAGAAAGCGCCGACGAGCUGUAUGCCUACUUAAAACACUGUCGGCCUGACUUGUGUAUACUUGAGGAAGGGGUGGAUGAGGGGGAGGCAGACGGCGAGGAAGAGGAGUUUGUACUCAUUGAGGACAAAGGGGAGGAGGAGGAGGAGGAGGAAGAUGAAGAGGAGGUGUACCAGAGGCUGCACAGCUCAGGGGAUGACUGGGAGAUGGUGCUGAUGGAAGAGAGCAGGGAUAAGCCGACCCUGGUCAUUGACAGGGACCCCGAAGGGCUCGGUAAUAUUGUAGAGAGCAGCCAGAUUUUGGAGGCCUCACAUGUCAGAGAGCUCUGUAAGGAGCUUCCACCCAGGACGGUCGGCCACACGUGGCAGCUGGCUUACAGUACGUCUCGCCACGGCGCCAGCCUCAAAUCCCUUUACAGGAAACUCGGUGUUACAGAGUCUCCUGUGCUUAUUAUCAUAAAAGAUGCUCUCGACGAGAUAUUCGGGGCCUUCCUCUCUCAUCCACUGAGGCCCAGCGAGACGUUCUACGGCACGGGGGAAACGUUCGUCUUCAUGUUGCACCCUCGCUUCAAGUGUUUCAGAUGGACUGGAGAGAACUCCUUUUUCAUUAAAGGAGACUUGGACUCCUUUGCUGUUGGUGGGGGGAGCGGUCACUUCGGCCUGUGGGUGGACGAGAACCUGUACCUGGGCCGCAGCAGCCCCUGCUACACUUUCAACAACUGCUGCCUCUCAUCUACCGACGAUUUCCGAAUCAUGGAGCUGGAGGUGUGGACGUUCAGCUGAGGAGACCGGAAGACCCUUCACCUCGACUCCCCCUGUCGCUGCGGAUUGACUUUAAUCAAAGACAGCAUUUUACUGUGUCACUGAGGAAAAAAAAAGAAAAAAACAAAAA